GAAGAAUGGCAUGAUAAUUCUAGAAGAACAGUAUAGACUAUAAUAGAGUUAAGCUCAGAAGUUCCAAACGCUCAACUCAACAUUUCCCACUUGUCGGACCCCGCGAACUUCACCGGAUCAGAAAAAGCAGUUGCACGUGAGCACAUAGAGAGGUCUACACACCGAACUAAAGACGGCAUCAACGCUCCAUUACUGGACAACUAGACGGAAAGGCCCACUUUUUCCUGGUGCUCGAAGUUUUCGGGGCCGGGUUGCCUCGGUUCUGUUCCGAAUUGCCCCAACUCCUAGUUAGUACAUCAAAUUGAUCACCCCCGACUGAGUGCAGCUCCGUUGGAGACUGGGAUUGUCUAAUGGUGAAAUGGGUAUUUGCUCUUGUCCCAGAUAAGUCCCUUUUUUCUAUUAUUGAACUGUUUCUGUUGGUCUAUCAUUCAGUUUUUGAAGUCUCAGUAAAUUCUUAAAGUGGUUUCUGGGUGCGACUUAUUUGGAUGAAUUAUUGGGUUCUGAGUUGCAUUUGUUACUUGCAUGCCUUUUGUUUGUUGUUUGUCUGGUUAAAAUUUUAAAUCUUCCCAGGUUCUCUAAUUAUAUCGGCAAUCUAAGAGUGUCGUUUGCUUUAAUUUAUAACAUCCACAUAGAUGAAGUUCUUUAAGUAUGUUUCUGGUCAUAGCAGCAGUUGGCUGCUUGUUGUGUCGGUUAAAGUUCAGAACUGGUUUUGAUUCCUUUGGCCUCUAUGAAUUGCACUUCAAAGUUGUGCUAUGAAGGAUGAAAGACAGUUAGGAUUAUGCUUUAAAUGGUAACUUUUUCCAUAGGUUUGGUUUUAAACCUUCCUGUGUGACCAACAAUGGAAGGAAAGCCAUCAUCAGGGCCUCAUAUGAUGCCGGGUAGGCCAUAUGGUUUUCAAAACUUGCAAGGAUCAUUGCAGCUUCGUCGUGAACAAAACCCUCAUUUAUAUCAUCAAGGAUCUUCAGUUCGACCACAAACUCAAGAUGUUUUUCCUCUUCGGUUACUUAACUUGCAAGAACAUGACCGGCCGGGUACUUGCAGUCACAACAAGGACGAGAGAGGGAAGAACUUGGCAAAUGACAACAACGAGAUGAAUUGCGUGGAAGAAGGCAUUGAUGGGCAUGAAGAUAUUGGUAAAGAGAAAAAAGGGUCCCCAUGGCACCGUAUGAAAUGGACAGAGAAAAUUGUGAAACUUUUGAUCACCAUUGUAUCCUACAUUGGGGAGGAUUCUUCCUCUGAUUGUAUCACCAGUGGGAGAAGGAAGUCUUCACUUUUACAGAAGAAAGGGAAAUGGAAGUGUGUAUCAGAGGUCAUGGCUGAGAGGGGUCAUCAUAUAUCUCCUCAGCAAUGUGAGGACAAGUUUAAUGAUCUGAAUAAGAGGUAUAAGAGGCUUAAUGACAUUCUGGGAAGAGGCACUUCUUGCAAGGUAGUUGAGAACCCAAAGCUUUUGGAUGUGAUGGAUUUACCUGAGAAGGCAAAAGAGGAUGUGAAAAAGAUAUUAAGCUCGAGACAUCUUUUUUAUGAGGAGAUGUGUUCCUAUCACAAUGGGAAUCGAUUAUAUCUUCCUCAUGAUCUGGGUGUGCAGCAGUCUUUGCAGUUAGCUCUUAGCAGAAAAGACAGUUGCGAGCCUCAUGAUUUGAUGCAGCAAAAAACAGAUGAUGAAGAUGAUAAAGAUUGGGAUGCAGAAGCUGAUGGUCAGGGUGAAGAAUAUAGGGAUAAUGGCGGAACAUUUGUUAGGUUUGAAGAGGUUUCUACAAAGAGGUUGAAACGAAGGGACAGAACUGAAGACAUGGGUUUUUGUAAUCCCCUGAAGUUUCUGGAAAAUAACAGAGGAUUACGCUCUCAUCCCCAAAAAGAUUAUACCAAUUUGAACCAUGUUUGCACUGGUAGUGGCAAGGCAAAUGAGUUAAGGGAGCAGUGGAUGAAAUUUCGCUCACUACAGUUGGAAGAACAGAAGUUACAAAUUAAGGCCCAGAUGCUUGAGUUGGAGAAGCAGCAUUUUGAAUGGCAGAGGAUGAGCUGGAAACAUGACAGAGAGCUGGAAAAGCUGAGGUUGGAAAAUGAACGAAUGAAGCUUGAGAAUGAGCACGUGCAAUUAGAACUUAAGCACAAGAAAAUUUUAGAUGAUUAGAGCUGAGUUUACACUAAGUGCAUUGGUACCUAUGGUUUAUGAUAUUGCCUCAAGUUCUAUUAAAUGAUGGCAAGAGUUCUAUUAUCAUCUUGGUGUAUCUUUACUCUUUAGUUUUAUUAGUAUUAUUAUCUAUAAAUGUCAAAGGUCGUUAUUGCUCUUUUCCUUGGAUCAGUUUAAUUACUUUUGUUUACCUGCAAUCUAAUUUCUCAAAUUCUUUCUAAAUUCAGGUUGGUCAUGAGAUAGUGUGCACCGAAGUAAUCUAACAUGACAACAAUGCUUGAUGAUGAUAUGGAAAAAAAAAACAUGGUGAAUAAAUUGUCCUAUGGGCAUUAGAAACCAUGCAAUUUUGUUUUGGAACCUAUUAUGCAUAUUUGUGCUAUAUUUGGCAAUGUUUUUCCCUUAAUUUCAACAAGUUCUGUGCGCACGUGCUAUGCAUGCUUGUGUGUGGUUUUGGGUGAUGAACUUUUUUGCUAAAGUUACGUGGAAAAUUGAAAUGAAGAAAUCAUCCAUGUAAUAAUGGUUCGUAAUGUAUUGGGAUUUCUUAGUCUAUCUGCUAGCAAGAAAAUGUGGUUAGAACAUGGAAUUCUGGGUCCAUUUUUUGAUUUGAUGGAAGAUUUAAAAAGGUUAUGGAGUUGAGUGGUGGAUGGGUAGAUGGGUAAAGGAUCACAAGCAUUGGGUGACAUUGUUUGAAAUGAAAUGGGUACAUUGGAAUAAUCUCCAUGGGAAAGAUAUAACUGGUUAAUAUGCCCAUAUGAUGAGUAUUAUGAUCGGUUUUCAGGUUCAGUAUGUCCCUGAUCUAUGCUCAUAUAUAAACAUCAAGGCUUUGAUUUUUUUUAUAUAGUUUGUCUGGGUGCAAAUCUUGACUUUUGGGGUAGGUACGCAUGACUGAAAAUCGGUGAGGAGCUCAUACUUCAUCCCCUUUCUUCCCUUGUCCUCGUGUUUUUCUUUGUUUCUCAGACCUUUUUUUUUUUAUCAUUUGGAGAUUAUUCUAUAUAUCAAGAUGCGAGAGGAGUGCUAGAGACAAACAUGAGGGGCCUUUAACAACUAUGUCUUGAAGGUGAUAUUGUGUGCAACUGGUACAAAUAUGUCAAGGAGGUGGGGGAAAUAUUACCAAAGGAAAGGGAAAGCUGAUGGCAAUGCUAAGUUGCUAAGUUGGGCAGUAUCUGAUCUUUCAGUACCUUCUGCAGGUUACUCGGGCAUGAAUACGACUGUGUUUCUUCUUUUGACUUUAUUUCUUAGUUGUAUUUAGUAUGUGGGCAGUUUGGUAAGAAAUUUAAGAAUUCUUGAUGUACGUGACAAUCUUGUUCACGAGCCAAAAAACAGAUGAUCAAGCAUUUAGGCAAAUCCGUAGAGGCACUAUGGGGGGAAUAUUCCAAUUGCCCACAAAGACGCUAAAAAAAGAUAGGUUUUUCUAUAUUUAGAUGCACAAUAUGGGUAGUUUUCAUUUGAGAAAACAAAGCUGGUUGGCAAAUAAAACAACCAGCUGGAGUUGUUAAGAAUCUAUGUUUGAUUCAUACAACUCAUCGAUAACUGUUAAAUAUACAUAAAAUUCAACCAAUGGCAACCAUUCGUUGUCCUCCUCAAAUCUUUCUUGGCCAUGGAAAGUCUGGCACCUGAAAUCAAAGACACCCCUUAUAAAACCCAUCCUACAUUCCCCAUGUUUCUCACAUCGUUUUCUUCUAUUCUUAUCUUGUUGAUCUUCGAGAGACCUUUCUCUCACUAACAGAGAGGCAGCGAGAAAGAAAGGUUCUUGCUGUUUCUCAAGCAUUAAACAUGGGUAAUUGUGGUAGUGCACCGAAAACCCAGGACGAGGCUGAUCUUGUGCCUGAGCCUGCCAAGGAGGACUUCGUGAAGACCCAAGAGGAGGUCAAGGUUCAACAAGAAGAGAGAGAGAAUGAUGGAAAUGACGAAAAGCAUAAUGAUGUUGAUGAGAAGCCUGCCAAUGAUCAGGACAACGUGGCUCCGGCUGCCACCACCUUGGUCAAUGAGGCUGAAGAAAAGAAAGAAGCUAAGGAGGAUGAGAAGACCACCGAAAUUAUAUCUGAAGAGACAAAAGAAGCAGAAAAGCCAAAGACUGAAGAUCAGGUAAAUGCUGCACCAGAGAAAGCAUCCGAGGCUGCAGUUUCAGAUGCUGCAGAAGCUCCAGAAGCCAAUAAAUUGGAGGAGAAGACAGCAGAAAAGAAGACAGCAGAUUCGGAAGCCGAGAAACUUGAAAAGAAGACAGCAGAUAUAUAAGAGAGAAGCCACAAUGAGAGCGAGUCCAUAUAUGUUAUUUCAUCAAUAGUACUCGUAAUUCUAUAUUGGUAGAAAGAAAAUACGAUUAUUGUUUCCGUUUGGUUUCGAAGAUCGAAGGCAUGCAUGCAUUUGUGUUGGCUAUGGAAAUUGAGUCUUGAUGAUCAGUUUGUGGUGGUUCAUAAUUAUCUUUUCAUUCAGAAUAAUAGUUUGGUAAAAGGAUUGUUUCUAUUGCUUCUCAAUUGAUUAUUUUUAAUUAA